UGUGGUCCACUCGCCCGAUCUCCUCAUUGAUUGAGUAGGAUGCAACUUCCUAAGAAUCACGCCUUCAAGAUAAUUUUGCUUUGCAUAACGCUGUGUAACUUGAUAUCUCAUACUUAGUGUCUAUCAAGAACCCUCCUAAAACCCACCUAAAAUUUCCCCAAAACUCCAAAACGCAAUCCCUCCUCUUCUCUCCCAAAAAUCAAUGCAAUGCAAUUGGCAGUAACUCCAAAACCCAAUCCAACCAACAACACCUUUUCUAACCCGAGCUUUUAUCCAAAUUUCACUUCCCCCAAAACCCAAUCCCUCAAAUUGUCCUCCUCCUCUUCAUCAUCUAACGUUCCCAUUAAUCUAUUCUACAGCUUCAGUCCCAGACGCCGUCGUUUAAGCCCUGUCAUAGCCCGAGCUGCUGCCAAGACUCCCGAUUACUACUCGGUUCUCAGCGUCAGUAAAAAUGCUUCCUUGCAAGACAUCAAAGCUGCCUAUCGCAAACUCGCCCGCAAGUAUCAUCCUGAUGUGAAUAAAAAGCCAGGUGCUGAAGACAAGUUCAAAGAGAUUAGUGCUGCUUAUGAGGUGUUAUCAGAUGAUGAGAAAAGGUCUGCAUAUGAUCGCUUUGGUGAGGCAGGUUUACGUGGAGAUUUUGUUGGUUCCACUAGUGGUUCGCAAGGAGUGGAUCCUUUCGAAAUCUUUUCUGAAUAUUUUGGUGAGUCGAGCAGUUUCUUCAGAGGAAGUGGUGAACCAGGGGGUUUCAAUUUCAGUUUUAGAAGCAAGAGCCGUCAAGAUCUUGACAUUAGAUACGAUCUGUAUAUGAGUUUUGAGGAAUCAAUUUUUGGAAGUCAGCGAGAAAUCGAAGUACCUUCGUUAGAGACAUGCAAUGAUUGCAGUGGUACAGGUGCAAAAACCAGCAAUAGUAUAAAAAUAUGCAAUGCAUGUGGAGGUAGAGGUGGAGUGGCUAAAACUCAACAAACACCUUUCGGAAUAAUGUCUCAGGUGUCUACAUGUGCAAAAUGUGGGGGUGUUGGUAAGAUAAUCACAGACCAUUGUCUAACAUGUGGUGGCAAUGGUCGGAUACAGUCAAAAAGAAGAAUUAACAUAGUGAUUCCACCUGGUAUUGAUAAUGGAGCAACAAUGCAAGUUCAAGGAGAGGGAAAUAUUGACAACAAAAGGGGCAUAGCUGGUGACCUCUUCAUUGUUCUCCAUAUAGAAGAAAAGCACGGGAUUCAGAGGGACGGUCUCAAUUUGUACUCAAAAGUCAAAGUUGAUUUUACUGAAGCCAUUCUGGGUACCGUUGUCAAGGUCAAAACAGUGGAGGGUGUCAGAGAUCUUCACAUCCCUCCUGGAAUUCAGCCUGGGGAUACAAUAAAGAUGCGAUCCAUGGGAGUUCCGCAUAUAAAUAAGCCCUCUGUACGAGGCGAUCAUUGCUUCGCUGUAAAUAUUCAGAUCCCGAAAGAUAUCAGUGAUGCAGAACGCUCACUAGUUGAAGAGUUGGCUUUGCUGAGGCAAACAUCCAGGGACAGCAUUUCAUCCAGUGAGAUACCUGGAGGUGAUGAUCAUGACCAGCAUACAAAGCCUGCUUUAGAUCAUCGGGGCAAAAGUAUGGCCUAUCUGUGGAAGUCAAUUAAGGACUUUUUGGGGAAAAAGCAAUCUGGUAAAAGAUUCGCAUCGGUUGGCAUGGAAGCACCAGUUUCAUGGAGAGUUACUAGUCCCCUGCCACGUUGUUCACUCAUGAUUUACUCUCCUGCAAUUUUCAUCAUGACACUUGUGUUCACCUUGGUGGGAAGAACAGCCUACUGUAAAUUAUUUAGACAAAAGCCAAAAACCAAAAGUACUUCCCCGCACCCUGAAAGAACACAAGGCCAGCGCUAGUUGCAUUUGCCAUUUCUUGCAGUUUGUACCGAACUUGUAUUAAAAGCAUUAGUAGUGGGGCGACUUGUGCAAUUCAACUAUUUUUUUUUUCUGUUACUCAGAAGAUGCUUUAGAGUGUAGAUGACUAUUGACUUGACUUAUUGGGUAUAGCCAAGUUUUGGGUCAGGUUGGCGCACCUUGCAGGCAUUAUACCUCGUUGAAAUGUUGUCUCUUUUGAUCAGCAAACUUGUCUAUAAUGCAGUAAUGUAUAGAUUAUCUAUGAGAUGCGGAUUUUGAUUGCACA